AUGUCUGAUCACGAGGAUGAGAUGGAUGUUGAUGUCCCGGCACCCAAGAGCGCGAUCCAAUUCAGCUCCGACAACGCCAGCAAGAGAGCUAAGAGACCAGCUGCAGAUUUGCCAGUUGAAGCUCAAGACAACUUACCAUGGGUAGAGAAGUACCGGCCAAAUACCCUAGACGACGUCUCUGGUCAUCAAGACAUCCUCGCUACCAUUAACAAAUUCGUCGAAGCAAAUCGAUUACCCCAUCUUCUGCUUUAUGGUCCCCCGGGAACCGGUAAAACAUCCACUAUCCUCGCGCUCGCAAGACGAAUCUAUGGCAGCAACAAUAUGCGGCAAAUGGUGCUCGAACUCAAUGCUAGUGACGAUAGAGGUAUCGAUGUAGUGCGCGAGCAGAUUAAGACUUUUGCCAGCACGAAGCAAAUCUUUUCCAUGGCGCCCCCGUCUGCCUCCAGUGGCUCUUCAUUAGCUUCGUUCAAGUUGAUUAUACUUGACGAAGCUGAUGCGAUGACGUCGACCGCUCAGAUGGCUUUGCGACGGAUCAUGGAGCGAUAUACGGCGAAUACGAGAUUCUGUAUUAUCGCCAACUACACACACAAACUGUCACCGGCUCUGCUUUCACGGUGCACUCGCUUCCGCUUCAGCCCCUUGAAAGAGCAGGACAUCCGGUCGCUAGUAGAUCAGGUGAUCGAAAAGGAGCAGGUCCAUAUCCAGCCAGAAGCUGCUUGCCAUGCGAGCAGCAAACCACUGCCGAUGAAAAAUGCAAUGAAGGACGAACCUCAAUCCGAACCCGAGAUUAUCACGAACGAAACGAUUUACGAGUGCAUUGCUGCACCACAUCCAUCCGAUAUCCAGGAAAUCAUGACUACACUUCUUUCAACCAGCGAUGUCACAUCCUGUCUGAAUACUGUCAACACACUAAAGGCCAACAAGGGUCUCGCCUUGGCCGACAUACUUUCAGCUUUAGCGGAACAACUGCAACAACUGGAAGUGCCGCCUCAGACAAGAAUCACUUGGCUAGAAGGUCUUGCAGAUAUUGAAUUCCGGCUUUCGGCCGGUGGAUCAGAGACCAUGCAGACCGGUGGAAUGGUGGGCGUGAUACGAAAUGGGUGCGAGUUGAUGGACGCAAAAGCUCGGUGA